GCUGGAGCGGAGCCUGGGUUGCGAAGGGACAGCAUCGGCGCGCGGGGCAUGAACCUGGAGGGCGGCAGCCGAGGCGGCGAGUUCGGCAUGAGCUCCGUGAGCUGCGGCAACGGGAAGCUCCGCCAGUGGCUCAUCGACCAGAUCGACAGCGGCAAGUACCCGGGGCUGGUGUGGGAGAACGAGGAGAAGAGCAUCUUCCGCAUCCCCUGGAAGCACGCGGGCAAGCAGGACUACAACCGCGAGGAGGACGCCGCCCUCUUCAAGGCUUGGGCACUGUUUAAAGGGAAGUUUCGAGAAGGCAUCGACAAACCAGACCCUCCCACCUGGAAGACACGCCUGCGAUGUGCUCUGAACAAGAGCAAUGACUUUGAGGAGCUGGUGGAGCGGAGCCAGCUGGACAUCUCGGACCCCUACAAAGUGUAUCGGAUUGUCCCCGAGGGAGCCAAGAAAGGAGCAAAGCAGCUGAACGUGGAGGACCCGCAGCUGCCCAUGAGCCACCCGUACGGCAUGCCAGCUCCUUACUCCUCGUUGCCUGCUCAGCAGGUUCACAACUACAUGAUCCCGCCCCACGACCGGGGCUGGAGGGAGUUCAUCCCCGACCAGCCGCACGCAGAGAUCCCAUAUCAGUGUCCCGUGACCUUCGGACCCCGCGGCCACCACUGGCAAGGCCCAGCCUGUGAAAAUGGUUGCCAGGUCACAGGAACCUUUUAUGCUUGUGCCCCGCCUGAGUCCCAGGCCCCCGGGAUCCCCAUAGAGCCAAGCAUAAGGUCUGCCGAAGCCUUGGCCCUCUCAGACUGCCGGCUCCACAUCUGCCUCUACUACCGGGAAGUCCUGGUCAAAGAGCUGACCACAUCCAGCCCCGAGGGCUGCCGGAUCUCCCACGGCCACACCUUCGAUGCCAGCAGCCUGGACCAGGUCCUCUUUCCCUACCCGGAGGACAGCAGCCAGAGGAAGAACAUCGAGAAGCUGCUGAGCCACUUGGAGAGGGGCGUGGUGCUCUGGAUGGCCCCCGACGGGCUUUAUGCCAAGAGACUGUGCCAGAGCAGGAUCUACUGGGACGGGCCCCUGGCGCUGUGCAGUGACCGGCCCAACAAACUGGAGAGAGACCAGACCUGCAAGCUGUUUGACACGCAGCAGUUCCUAUCAGAGCUGCAGGCAUUCGCGCACCACGGCCGGCCGCUGCCGAGGUUCCAGGUGACUCUGUGCUUCGGGGAGGAGUUCCCAGACCCUCAGAGGCAGCGUAAGCUCAUCACUGCCCACGUUGAGCCUCUGCUAGCCAGACAGCUGUACUAUUUCGCUCAGCAAAACAGCGGACACUUCCUGAGGGGCUAUGACCUGCCCGAGCACGUUGGUGGCCCGGAGGACUUCCACAGGCCCCCGCGCCACUCGUCCAUCCAGGAGUGAGAGCCCCGGGCCGGAGGCGGCGCAUGUGUAAAUACGCGCGAGGGGGUGGCUGGCUGAGCCCCUGCUCUUUCUCUGCGAAAUGUGGGAACGGGGGCUUCAGUCCCACCCCUGAGGAGAACACUGGUAGAAAAUCAACUUGACAGAUGAGCUUUUUCCAGAAGAAAGAAUGGUUUUCAGGGUCUUCUGUGGACCCCAAUGAUAAUGUGAAAACUCAUCAUCAUGUGGUUUACAUUUACUGACUUGCUGUCUCCAGUCUGAUGUGGACUCUUUCUUGCAUGAAGACUGAGAAACCUGUGCUUCAUCGCUGACCGCCAGGAUGGCACGAAGGUACCCAAGUGCCAGUCUGUUUCUCAGGGAAGUGGAACCUACGUGUUCUGCCCGGAGGAGGAGUGUGGAUGGCGCACCUCGGGACGCUGACAGGAAGACAGACCCGGCUCCGGGGAUCCCCACCUUCCCGGGGCCCCUCCCUGGGUGGCCUGCCACCUGCUGUCUGCACCCCCAGGCCCGGAGCCCAGCUGGUGUGACCCUACGGUGCUUCUCGGGCCAAAAGCAUCAGGGCCACCCUAAGCGCAGUGUUUUCUCACCUCAUACUGACUGGUUAAGAUACUUUUUGUUUGUCUUUUUGUCUCUCAUGCUAUAGAAAUUAUUGCUGUAGCAGAAAGAGAAAGACUGACGGAUCAACAACCCAAGACGUAGUUCUGAAGCUCGGUGCGCGUCUCCCCUCUUGCCCUGUUUGUUAGGAGACCGGCCACCAUGGCAACACUAAGAGGAGGAGCGCCCGCCUGCCCGGGGGGAGCCCUGCGCGGGGGCAGGACAGGGCUCUGCAGAUUGAGCAACUGCAGGCCAGGGGAGCUGUUUUUGCUUACUUUGUAUAUUAUACGCUUCCUCAUGCCAGUGACCAUUUGACAGGGCCUAAAAAUUAUUGGGCUUUUUCCAAACACGGCUUUUUAUAGAAUCACUAAGAUAUCUAAUUGCUUAAGUGAACCUGACCACUUCUUUGCUGUUCUUUUUGGAAAAGUACAGAUGUUUGGCCCAUGGGCUAGCAGUUUAUUCCUGUCCUACUAGGACAGGAAGUAAUUGCCAUAACUUAGGCUCAGUGUAUGAACGGAUGAUUCUCUUAUUCUACUCUGUGUCUUUAAGUAAUUCAACAAACUUGCAUUAGACAGAUUGUAGCUUUUAUCUGGAGAAGGCAAUGGCAGCCCACUCCAGUACUCUUGCCUGGAAAAUCCAAUGGAUG